AUGUCUCUUCCUCGGUCUCUGCAAAAUUUGCAGGCUUUGCCCUUGCGGGCCAUCGAUGACAAGUCGCUCUUCCCUCAGGGUCGAUUCAUUGUAUCUGCACCAGCUACAAGGGAUGAAAGUAGCCCUCUAGUUGUCGGGAAAGGAUCUGAUGCUGUGACAAAAACGUGGUUCAAAACACCGCCCCUUAAUGAGGCUGCUAUAGAAGCAUUCCAGAGUGUUCAACUUUUCGCCGACACACACGAUCAAGGCUGGGUAGAUGAUCGUGCGCUCGGGAAUUGGACGUGGUUGGAGAUAGCCCUCUAUGAAAAUGAGUCAACUGAUGCUCCUAGGGUCAGGGAAGGCGUUGAUUUGCUGGGUGGUGAAAUUCUUGCAGGAAAGCAUGACUUACUAGGAUUACUAGAAGUUGGAAAUUGUAUUGGAGCUCGGGUGUGUGCCCGUUAUACCGGCUGGGAGCUGUACGGUAGAGCUGCAUGCCUGGUGCUCGAGAUGGGACCCCCCACAAUCAUCGACACGCCUCCUAGCUAUGCUCAAGUAUUCGAGGAUACUAUUGCAGUGCAACAAAUUUUGAACUGUGUCAACUCCAACAACUCGGCAUAUGCUCCUAAAAUCAAAGCAGCAUGGGACCGUGCCGAGACCUUUGCUGGUAAUGAGAAGCGGCCUCUCCGCGUUUUGGCUCUUGAUGGAGGUGGUGUUCGAGGCUAUUCCUCCUUGAUGCUACUGAAAGAAGUCAUGGACCGAGCAGCCCCUAAACAGAAACCCUGCGAAGUGUUCGAUAUUAUCGGGGGUACUAGUACCGGCGGUUUGAUUGCUAUUAUGCUAGGCCGGCUGAAGAUGACUGUCCAGGAAUGUCUUGACGCAUAUGAUUCAGUAAUGAAAGAUGUCUUUGGCUCCGGCUGGCUACACACCCAUAUUGGCAAGCCAUUGGAUUACCUUACCAAGGGCGAGUUCUACUCUGCUGGGCAAUUGGAGAAGGUAAUUAAGGAUCUGCUUCGCAAAAGACUUCCAGCAGGUCAGAACGCAGAGGACGCCCCGCUACUGGAUGAAGCAAAUCCGUGCAAAAUCUUCUUGAUGGCAACACGCGAGGAGUCAGGCAGUAACCGUGGACCUGUCUUUCUUCGCUCUUACACAAAUGACCUAGCUGCCCCGGAUCCCGAUCUAUCCAAGGUCAAGUUAUGGGAGGCUGCUCGCGCCACGUCCGCAGCCCCGGGAUAUUUCCAGCCUAUUCAAGUUGGCAGAGUUAAGCUUGUAGACGGCGGUCUACUAGCCAAUAACCCCCUUGGAUGGCUUUGGACUGAGAUUCUCAGUGUGUAUGGUCCAACUCGUGAGACAGACUGUUUCCUCAGUAUUGGCACCGGGAUGGGUGCCAACGUGGCAGUCGCUCAACCAGGUCUCGACUUUAAAAAAGCGAUGCUGAGCUUUUCGGAUAUUGCAACCAAUACGGAAAGCACCAAUAUUCUUUUCCGGGCAAUUGUUGAUGCAUUUGCGCCUCAUGCCCAGACGAAGAAAUAUUAUCGGUUGAACGUCAGCAAGGAACUUCCUGAACCGACAGACCCCAAAGGCAUUCUCGGCUGGUUAGCGGGAAAGCAAGCGUUGAAGGGUGUACUAAACAACUUCGAAGAUCCAGGGUCCCUUGAUGACGUGGAUGCUAUCCCAAAAUUGAAGGAGUGGACUGCAGAAUGGAUCAAGGCGCAACAAGAUAUUAUCAAAUCCUGCAGCGAGGCACUUGCGAGGAAUCUCUAA